AUGAGGAUAGAAACUCUUGACUUCUCUAAGUUCCAUGUUGGCACCGAUGCAGAACGCUACGAGUUCUCAACGGCACUCCUAACAGGUUUCGCCAAUGCAGGUUUCAUCAAGCUCAUCAAUCACGGAUUCUCGCAAGAAGAGAUAUCACAAUUGUUUGAGGAGAACCGACGUUUUUUCGAUUUGACCGAUUCAAUCAAAGCACAAAUUGCGAACGAGGAUGGUCCAAAACCUCAAAGGGGAUGGAGCGCAGUUGGUGCCGAGAAGACCGGCCUACUGAAUACAGGAGGCAAAACCAACCUCACAAAACCAGACAUUGAAGCCCCUCAAGACGCAAAGGAACACUUUGACAUCGGUCCAUCAGAAGAUACGGAGUUUCCCAACAAAUGGCCGGACAACGAAUUGAUUCCUGGCUUCCAACCAUGGCUGGAAUCUUUCUACGAGAGGAGCCGGUAUAUCAGUUUCGCAUUAAUGGAAGCUUUAGAGAUCGCUAUGCACCUCCCAAAAGGCGCCUUUAUCCAGAAGUGCCAAGGACAUGCUAGUGAACUCCGUCUUAACCAUUACCCAAAAAUCACCGUCAAGACACUUCAAGGAGGUAAAACAAGUCGUAUUUGGCCUCACACGGACUUUGGCGUUAUCACUCUUCUCGCGCAGGAUGAUGUGGGAGGACUCGAAAUUCAAGAUAAGGACAACCCAACCAACUUUUUACCCGUAUCAAGAGAGGAUGUGUCUGAGCUGGUUGUCAAUAUUGGUGACACCCUCGAAAGGUGGACAAAUGGGUUUUUGAAGGCGGGACUACACCAAGUGACCACACCACGCGAAAUAGUGAAUCAGAGUACUGAGACUGUGCGCCCAAGAAGAUCCAUUGCUUUCUUUCUUAAGGCUCACAGACAGAUGUCGGUAGGUCCAUUGCCUCAAUUCGUGGCAGAGAAGACGCCUGCAAAGUAUGAAGACAUCACAGCUCUUGCGUAUCAACAGAGGAGGACCGCAAUUGUUUACUAA